UGGGGCCGCACUGCAAGAGGCGGAGCCGAGAAGGGGCGGCCUCGGAGCGCCGGGAUAAGAGCGCAGCGUGCGGGUAGCCUGGAUCCAGCGCAGUGGUCCGGCGAUGUCGCUUGUGCUGCUGAGCCUGGCCGCGCUGUGCAGGAGCGCAGUACCUCGAGAGCCGACCGUUCAAUGUGGCUCUGAAACUGGGCCGUCUCCAGAGUGGAUGCUACAACAUGAUCUAACCCCUGGAGACUUGAGGGACCUCCGAGUAGAACCUGUUAAAACUAGUGUUGCAACAGGGGACUAUUCAAUUUUGAUGAACGUAAGCUGGGUACUCCGGGCAGAUGCCAGCAUCCGCUUAUUGAAGGCCACCAAGAUCUGUGUGACGGGCAAAAGCAACUUCCAGUCCUACAGCUGUGUGAGGUGCAAUUACACGGAGGCCUUCCAGACUCAGACCAGACCCUCAGGUGGUAAAUGGACGUUCUCCUACGUCGGCUUCCCUGUAGAGCUGAACACAGUCUAUUUCAUUGGGGCCCAUAAUAUUCCUAAUGCAAAUAUGAAUGAAGAUGGCCCUUCCAUGUCUGUGAAUUUCACCUCACCAGGCUGCCUAGACCACAUAAUGAAAUAUAAAAAAAAGUGUGUCGAGGCCGGAAGCCUGUGGGAUCCGAACAUCACUGCUUGUAAAAAGAAUGAGGAGACGGUAGAAGUGAACUUCACAACCAGUCCUCUGGGAAACAGAUACAUGGCUCUUAUCCAACACAGCACCAUCAUCGGGUUUUCUCAAGUGUCUGAGCCACACCAGAACAAACGCACGCGAGCUUCAGUGGUGAUUCCAGUGACUGAGGAAAGUGAAGGUGCUAUGGUGCAGCUGACUCCGUAUUUUCCUACUUGUGGCAGCGACUGCAUCCGACAUAAAGGAACGGUUGUGCUCUGCCCACAAACAGGCGUCCCUUUCCCUCUGGAUAACAACAGAAGCAAACCGGGAGGCUGGCUGCCUCUCCUCCUGCCGUCUCUGCUGGUGGUGACAUGGGUGGUGGUGGCAGGGAUCUAUCUAAUGUGGAGGCACGAAAGGAACAAGAUGACUUCCUUUUCUACCACCACACCCUCCAUUAAGGUUCUUGUUGUUUACCCAUCUGAAAUAUGUUUUCAUCACACAAUUUGUUACUUCACUGAAUUUCUUCAAAACCAUUGCAGAAGUGAGGUCAUCCUUGAAAAGUGGCAGAAAAAGAAAAUAGCAGAGAUGGGUCCAGUGCAGUGGCUUGCCACUCAAAAGAAGGCAGCAGACAAAGUUGUCUUCCUUCUUUCCAAUGACGUAAACAGUGUUUGUGAUGGUACCUGUGCCAAGAGUGAGGGCAGUCCCAGUGAGAACUCUCAAGACCUCUUCCCCCUUGCCUUUAACCUUUUCUGCAGUGAUCUAAGAAGCCAGACUCAUCUGCACAAAUAUGUGGUGGUCUACUUUAGAGAGACUGAUACCAAAGACAUUUAUAAUGCUCUCAGUGUCUGCCCCAAGUACCACCUCAUGAAGGAUGCCACUGCUUUCUGUGCAGAACUUCUCCAUGUCAAGCAGCAGGUGUCAGCAGGAAAAAGAUCAUAAGCCUGCCACAAUGGCUGCUGCUCCUUGUAGCCCACCCAUGAGAAGCAAGAGACCUUAAAGGCUUCCUACCCCACCAAUUACAAGGAAAAAAAGUAUGAUGAUCCUGAAGCUUACUAUGCAGCCUACAAAUAGCCUUAAUAAUUAAAACAUUUUAUGCCAAUAAAAUUGUUUCAAAUACUGCUAA